AGUACCUUUAGGUUCUCUCUUCUUCUUCUUUGUUGCAGAGAUUGUUCAGAAGCUUCAUCAACUCGGAAACUACAUAAGAGCACAGCCAUUGAUCAUGGAAACAAGCUCAUGGAAACAGAGGAAGAUGAACUCUGCAACUGAAACGGUAAACCCCUCUUCGAGGAGAAUCAAAGGAAAGGCACGUAUGGUUCCUCCGGGAAGCGGAGAUAAACCCGAGAAAGCUCGGAAAAGUCUCAACGAGAAGCUUUCUACCGUCGUGAUGGACUCUCGUACCGAAGAUCGUCGCGUAAAUGCUUGUGGCGGUGAAGAUUUGUGUAACGAAAUCGAGACAAGCUGGGAAUUUUCGCCUUCGGGCGACGCGUCGGACGAGCUUUUGAAGAAACUCGAGUCUCUUGUUAAAGAUCAUGGAAGAAUAGUAAGCGAUGUGAACGACGGUGAUUCGGCUGAGAGCAAGAACGAGAGGAAGCUGCACGGAAAUUGUCUAACCGAGAUGAAAUGGAGGGUCGAAGGCUUAGCCGGCGAGAAUCGUAAGCUGAGAAACUCUCUUGCGGCGGAAGAAAAGCUCGUGCAGACCCUAAACGAUCGAAAAUCUAUGCUAGAAUCUGAGUUUGAAGUUUUGAGGGGAAGAUUAGAUUCAGCCGAGAAAGAAAACGCGUUCCUGAGGUAUGAGUUUCGCCUUCUUGAGAAGGAUCUUGAGGUGAGGACAGAGGAAAUGGAAUAUGCGCGGCGAUCUAUCGAUUCAGCUCAUAAACAGCAAUUGAAGAGUGUGAACAAGAUUGUCGAGUUAGAAGCCGAAUGCCAAAGGCUACGCCUUUUGAUCCGGAAAAAGUUCUCAGGAGGAGCAACAAUGUUAUUGCAGACAAAGUUUACGAGUGAUGCAGAAGAACGGAGGAUGGAAACGAGAAGAAGGAACACGGAUAUCCAGAAUGGUUUCGCCAAGAGAGACGAAUUCCAUACCCGAAACCUUCAACACGAUCUGUUGAUGGAGCAGAUAGACAAUAUCCGAGAGGAAAACAAGAAUCUCAAGGAGAUCAUUCUGAAGAAUGGCAGAGAAGUUAAACUUUCGCCCAGGCAGAAUCAGAGUCUCUCCCGGGUUGGAAAGCUCGACGCCGGAAGCGAAGAUGGCAUUAGCUCUUCCGAGUCAUUUCCCAAAGCCUUAGUUUCCAAACCCAGAGUCGAAAAAAUCAGGAACUCGAGGGGACAGAGAGCCCAUGGAUCUUUGGAAAUGAGUGUAUACAUGAAAGAUUUCGCUGAGAUGGAAAAGUUUGCUAUCGUAUCUGCGGACAAGAAUUCAAGAGACGACGAAGAUGAUCGGCCUUUCGACUGGAUUCAAGCCAUCCUAAGCACUCUAUCCAAGCAACAAAGGAUCUCGAAACGGGGCGUAAAAGAGCUACUAGAAGAUAUCAAGAUUGCUUUGGGGUGUAUGGAUGUUUCUAAAGAUAACAAGAAACCCGAGGCAGAAUCUACGCCUCUCUGCAUCGGGUGGAAAUCCCCGGAAUCAGGCUCGAUGACUAAGGAAGAGAUCAAGAGGCAUUUGGGUCUCAGUACACCGAAUUUAACUGCAGAUGACGAAUCUUUGGUUGGCGAAAAAGACUCGGUUCAGAUAGAGAGCGGAAAACAAGAUCUCCGAGAAGAGAACGAGAAUCUGAAGGAUGAGAUAAAGAAGAUUGAUCUCGAGAGCAAAGAGCUCAGACUUAAGUUGGAGGAAUCAGAGGAGAAGAUCAGAAAACUCGAGACUGAGAUGAAAACGUUGAACGAGUCCAAGGAAAUCGAGAAAUCAAUCAACGAAGAACUCGAUACACAGCUCAGUGUUACGAGGGCUAAACUAAACGAGACCGAAAAGAAGCUGUCCUCGUUGGAGAUUGAGCUUGAUUACCGAAAGAGCUUUUGCGAAGAACUAGAGGGUACUUGUCUCGAGCUUCAGCUACAGCUCGAAAGUGUGCAGAAGAAUGAUCCAGCGGGUAAUCCAAUGGAGAAAAGCAGAAAGAGAUUACAGAAUGUUCGGGACAUGGCCUCGGCUUCCGCCAAGUUAGCGGAGUGUCAAGGAACGAUUCUGAACCUUCGGAAACAACUCAAAGCACUCGCCUUAUCGAGCAACCUCGGUGGUUUGCCUUCCGAAAGAAGUAACAUCGCAAAGUUUCCAGGCAAAGGAUCUUCUCUCAGAGACCAAAUGCUAUUCAAUACGGUUCCCCAUGAUGAUGAUGAUGAUGGUGAUGAUGAUGAUGAUGGCAUGGAUGGCAAUGCAUUGAUUGUGUACACUCCAAGGGUGUAUUCGAUCACAAAAGACGAAGAGAAGAAAGAUGGGAUCACAGCAAUGGGGAUGGUGAAGAGCCGUAAGAAGCAUGGUUUUGGGUUCUUGAAGAAGCUUUUAUACAGGAGGAGGAAGAGAGGAACAAGCAAGAAAUGUCUUGCUUUGACAAUGUGAAGAAGAUUGUUACAAAAACAUUAAAAAAAAUAAUAAUAAUAAAAAAAAUUGAUGAUUUUGGGGUUUGAUGAUUGGUUCGUGGUGUAAAAAGGGUUUCAAUGUAAAUUUGUGAAUGUUUUCUAAUGUCGUAAUGAUAACAUUGAUUGUUUGUUUUUGGA